UCUCCCCAUAUCGCACAAAGGGAGGGGGGAAGGAAAAUCACCCCGUUCUUCUUUUCCAAUAAACUUUCUCUCUUUUCCCUCUCUUUCAUUUUGUUUUCACACAUCAGAAAAGAAAGAAAAAACCCCCCUCAAAAAAAAUGUCGUCAAAACGCAUCGCCAUCGUAUCGGUGGCCUCCGUCGUCCUCUUGGCCAUGGUCGUAGCCGUGUCCGUCGGCGUGUCCAAGGGCCGCUCCGGCCACAGCUCCGGCUCCACUGAGGAGAUCAGUCCCUCGUAUAAGGCCAUCACCUCAAUCUGUCAGCCCACCGACUACAAGGACGCAUGCGUCUCCGAGCUGACCGCAGCUGCUGGCUCCAACACUACCGACCCCAAGGACCUCGUCAAGAUCGCCUUCAAGGUCGCCAUAAAUGAGAUCCACAAGGUCCUCAACCAUUCGACGCUGUUGCAGGAGGGAGCGAAGGACUCGAGAACGAAGCAGGCGCUCGACAAUUGUGGGGAGCUCAUGGACUACGCCAUUGCUGACCUCCAAAAGUCCAUCGAACACGUCGGUACCAUCGAUCUAUCAAACAUAGAAGAGCUCGUCGACGACGUCAAGACGUGGCUCAGCUCAUCCGUCACCUACCAGGAGACCUGCCUCGAUGGAUUCGAGAACACCACCGGCAACGUCGGUGAGAAGAUGAGGAGCAUCAUGAAGACCGCCGGCGAGCUCACAAGCAACGCCCUCGCCAUUGUCGAUCAGGUCUCCAGCGUCUUCACCUCCCUCGAUGUCCAGUUCCUCAAAAACCGCCGCCUCAUGUCGACGCCAGACGUCGGCGAGGAUGGGUUCCCCUCGUGGGUGUCGGGCGGAAAACGGCGGCUGCUCAGUGUCCCGACCACCAGCAUCGUGCCCGAUAUUGUGGUGGCCAAGGACGGGAGCGGUCAGUUCACUACCAUUAGCGACGCACUUGACGCUGUGCCUAAGGUGAGGAACGGCACCUUUGUCAUAUACGUGAAGGCUGGUGUCUAUGAGGAGUACCUUCAGAUCAACAGGACCCUGUCUCACCUCAUGUUGAUGGGAGACGGACCAACCCAGACGAAGAUCACCGGAAACAAGAACUUCAUCGAUGGCACUCCCACCUUCAAGACUUCCACCGUUGCUGUGAUCGCGGAGGGGUUCAUCGCAAGGGACAUCGGAUUCGAGAAUAGCGCCGGCGCCGAAAAGCACCAAGCCGUGGCCCUCCGCGUCGGAGCUGACAUGGCCAUCUUCUACAACUGCCAGAUGGACGGCUACCAAGACACUCUGUACGCCCACACCAACCGCCAGUUCUACCGGGACUGCACCAUCUCCGGCACCAUCGACUUCAUCUUCGGCGACUCCAUCGCCGUCUUCCAGAACUGCAAGAUCGUGGUGCGGAAGCCGCUGGACAACCAGCAGAACAUCUGCACUGCACAGGGAAGGAAGGACAGGCGCGAGCCCACCAUCCUCGUGCUCCAGAACUGCACCAUUACCGCAGACCCUGAGUACUACCCACUGAGGAACAAGCUCCCCACCUUCCUUGGGAGGCCAUGGAAGGAGUACUCCAGGACCAUCAUCAUGCAGUCGUAUCUGGACGACCUCGUGCAGCCCGCUGGUUGGAUGGAAUGGAUGGGAAACUUCGGUCUGAACACGCUCUUCUACUCUGAAUUCGACAACAGGGGUCCUGGUUCCAGCACCGCUUCGAGGGUCAAGUGGAGGGGAAUCAAGUCCCUUUCAACCGAUCACGCGACCAAGUUCACCGCCGAUAAACUCUUUCUGGGAGCUAGAUGGGUCAAGCAAAGUGGCGUGCCCUACACCGGCGGCCUGUUGCCUCUCAGCUCCGCAGACGGCGCUACCCAUUAACUGAAACAAGCAGAUUCAAUUAAUUAAAGUGCCCAUCUGGCUUUUGGAGAUGUUAUUCCUUGGAAGCAAAGCAAAAUAAGAAUGUAAUCCUCGAGGUUGGAUAAAAUAAACGAAAAAUGGCCUUUGUUCGUCA